ACCUUCCACCUCUACCUCUACCUCCUUUAUCCAACACUCCCAUCUUCGAGUCAGUCCAAAUCCGCAAAUAUGAGAUUCGCCGUCCAGAUCUUCGCUAUCGCUGCUCUCUUCAGCGCUGCUCUUGCGGCUCCUGCUGCCGACCCCGCCUCAGUCCAAGUCCGCGACGCAAAGGCCGAAGCCGCUGGCGUAUGCUACUGCUACGGCGGAUUCUGCACCCCGGGAUGCCGGAAGUAGGGAGGUAGUAGACGUACUACCUACUAUGGUCACAUCUCGCGAGUCAACUACCUGCUAUGGUCACAACUCUCCAAGUCAGCUACCAAGUAUGGAAUCACAUGUCGCCAAGUCACAAGGUUGAUAUCUGGGUGGGAUGAUGAAUGGAUGAAUGGAAUGAAAUAACAUAACGUUAAACUUUG